GCGUAAAAACACACCCAUCGAAGGAUAUUCAUCUUGAAUUUACUCUGCCUACAUCCCACUGCAAGAGGUGCUCUAGUCGUCUACAACAUUCAGCAUCGUCCUCUCAGCUCCCAUUUGUCCAACCGCCCAUCAUGGCAUCGUCAGCAUCCUCCUUCCCAGAUAACUACAACACCUUCUCCCUCCCAACCCUUCAGUUCUCUCACCACCCUCCCUCUUCCCCGACUGUCACCCCCGUCAUCAUCGUCAAGCUCCACCGGCCCGCCGACCGCAAUGGCUUCACGGAUGAGAUGGCUGCUUCCAUCAUCCGGGCCUUUGACACGCUCUCGGCAGACCCCCGCGUCAAGGCCGUCGUCCUGACGUCCUCCGACCCCGCCAAUCGCAUAUUUUGCGCCGGUAUGGACUUCAACUCGGCGCAUGGCAUUGGACCCAGCCGUGACGCCCAUCGCGAUUCUGGAGGUCAAGUCGCGCUCGCCGUGUAUCGUUGCGCCAAGCCCGUCAUCGCCGCCAUCAACGGGUCGGCCGUUGGUGUGGGCAUCACCAUGACGCUGCCCGCCAAUAUCCGCGUUACCAGCCGUGACGCCAAGAUUGGCUUCGUCUUUGGCCGCCGAGGAUUCAAUAUGGAGGCUUGCAGCAGCUUCUUUCUACCCCGGCUGGUCGGCACCAGCAAAGCCCUACACCUAACUACCACGGGUGCUGUCUACCCAGCCACACAUCAUCUAUUUGACGAUCUUUUUACAGAGGUUGUCGCCCCAGACGAGGUUCUCUCCACGGCGCUCAAGAUCGCCGAGGAGAGUGCAUCCAACGUUAGCGGGGUAGCCUCAAGGGUGAUGAAGGACAUGAUAUAUCGCGGUCCCGGAUCGCCCGAAGAGGCCCAUCUCCUCGAGAGCAAGAUCUUCUACGAUUUGUUCAAGGGCCCAGAUUCCAAAGAGGGAAUUGAUAGCUUUCUUGAGAAGAGGCUACCUGACUUUAAGGCCACCAUGGAGAGUGAUGCGCCAUCGGCGUUUCCCUGGUGGACCCCAGUCGAUAUUCAGAAGCCCAAAUCCAAGAUAUAGGCGGUCUUAACAGGGGUGAUGCUGGCUUUCAAAACGAACAUCUUGAGUGUUCUCCCUGUUGGGGUUGAAACGGGGUGUGACAUGUACAUGUAUCAAGACUUACCGUAUGAAACAAAUC